AUGUCACCCUCCAAGACAGCAGAGCCGUGGCGGUUGACAGCCUCCGAGGCCCUCUCCAAAAUCCAGGCUGAUGAGCUUUCGGUCCAAGACUACGCCAGGUCUCUGCUCGAGAGGAUCAAGGCUCGGGACGAUCAAGUACAGGCCUGGGCACAUCUCGACGAACAUCUGGUGAUCGAGCAAGCAAAGGCUCUGGACGAGGUACCAAAAAAGAGCCGAGGUCCCCUUCAUGGACUGCCUAUUGCGGUCAAGGAUGUCAUCUACACCAAGGACAUGCCCACCCAACACAACUCGUCCCUAUACGAAGGAAGCUUUCCCGAGGUUGAUGCCGCCUCAGUCCGCACCCUUCGUCAUGCAGGCGCUCUCAUCUUUGGCAAGACGACAACCGCCCAGUUCGCUGCCGUCCACGUCGGUCCCAAGACCCGCAACCCCCACGAUCCUCUCCGCACCCCCGGCGGAUCGUCUACGGGCUCCGGCGCCGUCGUCGCCGACUUCCAGGCUCCCCUCGCCCUAGGUACCCAGACCGGCGGCUCCAUGAUCCGGCCUGCCUCGUUCAACGGCACCUACGGGUUCAAGCCCACGUGGAACUCGGUCUCCCGCGAGGGGUCCAAGAUCUACUCCCUGACCUUUGACACACUGGGGUGGUUUGCUCGGUGUGUCGAUGACCUUGCGCUCUUGGCUGAUGUUUUCGGCAUCCAGGAUGACAAGACAGAGGAGCAUGCAACCGUGUUCGAAGGCGUCAAAGGUGCGCGUUUCGCCAUUUGCAAGACAGUCGUGUGGCCCUUUGCCGGCCCUGGCACCCAAGAAGCCUUGUCCAAAGCUGCCGCCCUUCUUGAGGCCCACGGCGCCAUCGUCGAAGAGGUCGAACUUCCGCCAGAAUUCGACAACCUCCCAGAAUGGCAUCGCGUGGUCCUUCACUGCGAAGGCGGCACCGCAUUCUUGCCGGAGUACCGUGUCGGGAAGGAUCACAUCAACCAGGUUCUUGUUGACCAUGUCGAGAACAUCAAUGGGUUCACCCGCAAGGAGCACCUGGAGGCGUUUGACGGCAUGGCCGCCCUCCGGCCCAAGUUUGAUGAGAUAGCUGGACGGUACGCAGCCGUCAUCACCCCGAGCGUGCCCGAUGAGGCACCUGUUGGUCUCGAAAGCACGGGGAGUCACAUCUUUUGCUGUAUUUGGAGUGCCCUGCACACGCCCGUGCUCAACGUCCCCGGCUUCAAGGGCGCCCACGACAUGCCUAUCGGGGUGUCCCUGGUAGCGCCACGAUAUCGUGAUCGUCAUCUUCUCAACGUCGGCAAAGCGGUCGGUGAAAUCUUUGAGGCUGAAGGCGGAUGGGAGACCAAGUUGUAA